AUGCAGCGAUCCACCGCGCUCCUCGCACUCCGCAGCUGCAGCGACCGCACGGCACAUCCCGGGGGCCCACUGGCGACGAACAAGGCGGCGGCCCUCUCGCGGUUCCUGCAGCGGCGGCUGGCGGCGAGCGCGGAGGGGGGCGAGGGAGGCGAGAGGGGGGCGCUGGACCCGCGGCUUGUGGAGGUGGCGGUGAGGAACGCGCAGGCGACGCUCGUGGCAGGUGGUGGUGCGGUGCGGCACGUGGACUGUUUCAAUGAUGGCAAGCAGGGGGGUGGUGCCGAGGACAGCACUGGCAGCCUCAGUGGCUUUGAUGAGCCGUCCGAGGAGCAGCCCAAGGUGAAACAGAGGAAGCGCAAGGGGAAUGGAGGGGGCAUCGCAAGCAAGGGCAAUAAGAGGAAAGGGAAUUUCCAAGAGAAACGGAAGUUUGGAUCGGCGAAUCAGACCGCGUCAUGUGGCACUGGGGAGGGGGAAGGGAUAUUAGCAGAACUAGCAGCAUUGGCAGGAGCAGGAGCAGCAGGAAGAGGCGGAGGGGAUAGCAUGAGUGCUACAGCCUUGUUGCUGGGUCCUUUGUUGCUGCCGGGUGGGACUGGAGGGGGUGUGGCUGCUACAGCUGCCUCUUCUACAGCGGCUGUGGCCCUGCCUCUGCUGGACCUGCUACAGUUGUUCCUGUGGGUGGCGGUGUCACCGGCUGUAGCAGAGGAGCUUCUGUUCAGAGGGCUGCUGCUCAUGACCCUGCAAGAGAAGCUCGGCAGAAUCAAUGCUGCCAUGCUCUCUGCAGCUCUCUUCGGCCUCUUCCACCUCUCCCGUACCACCCUCCCGCCUCUCCUCCUCUCGCUUCUCGCAUGCCUCGCCACCACUGCAACCGUCUCUGGUGUCUACCCCGACCCUUAUGGCAUUGGUGAGUCAGCAGCUCACAAGUCUCACCAGCCUCUCCCGCUGGCCGCUCAUGCUGCUCUCCCUCCUGGGCUGCCUCGCCACAACUGCCACCAUGUCGCCUGUCUCGCCACCAUUGCCACUCUCUCUGGUGUAAACCUCGACCCUUAUGGCAUUGGGGUGGGGAAAUCAGCACACCACGUCCUCCCUCUCACUCUCAAUCUCACGGCUAUUCUGGGAGUGGGUGAGGUGAGUGGUGCUUUUCUAUCAAACCCGUCUUUAUCAAAGCGUGUCUCUCCUCUCAUUGCCUCGGCACACGAUGCCCUACCUCGCUUCCCCUCCCUCAUUAAAUCGCUCAUUGCUUCAUACUUGCCCACCUUCCUCUUCCCCUCCACCUCCGAGAUCUUCCAACGGAUCAUGGCCAGGCGAUACGGGGUAAAGAUCUCCCCGCCCUACCUCCUCCCUGGCCCCCUUGGCUGCCAUGGCACUGCCACUGGUAUAGAAAGUGCCGGGAGGGCCGCCACGGCGCCAUGCCGUCUUCCUGAAGGGUGGAUGAAUGCCCUCUUCGCCCUCUUCCACCUCUCCCUUCCCUCCUUGUUCAGAGGGCUGCUGCUCACAGCCCUGAUGGGCGCUGACAUGCUGUCUGCAGCCUUUUUCGCCCUCUUCCACCUCUCCCUCUCCCUCCUCUUCCCCAACAUGGCCCUUGGGGUUGCCGCUGGCCUGCUUGCUGGUGUGAAUGGGCAAUGA